AUGAAAAGAAUGAGAACUGCUGCAGACUCUGAUAGUGCUACAUCAGAGAAUGAUGUUGAGAAUUCGUAUAACACUGACAACGAAGUGGAAAUUGAUUCUGUGUCAGAAAGUGAUUCUGAUAAUGUAGAUGAUACUAGUAGUGAAGUAGGUGACGAAAGCGAGCCAUGGGCUCCUUUAAAAGCUGAAGCAGCCCAACAAAGUUUAUCAGAAUUCGAAGAACUAACGCAGAAUUUCACUGCAGAAGGUUUUGACGAAAACGAAACUAAAGAUAAGGCAUAAUAAUGUAUAAAUUUGCAGAGUAUUUAUCUGGAACAUCUACUAUGGAUAAGACAACUAAAGAGAGAUCCAGUACACAAAAGAUUAUGGAAACCACGGAUGUCUUUGUCAACGAUGAUAAUUUCGACCACAGGGAAGCGUUAGAGGCCGCUAUUGACAGGAGAGGAUCUCUUUUGAAAAGACUUUUCAGAAACACAUGGUCUCCUAGUGACAUUGACUCUUGUUUGUUUUUGGUUUAUAAAAAUAAAAUAAAAUAAAAUAAAAUAAAAUACCAUUCUGUGUGCUAGUUAUUUUACCCUAACCCAUUUCUCUAACCCGCUCCCAAGUCCCGGCAAACCUUCAAAAAGGCCUUUGGGGCCACAACUAUUUAAUGUUAGGAAAUCAGUUGACAUUUAUCAUUUGACAUUAUGCCUCGGAAGUGUAAAGAUUGUCCCAUCUGCGGCAAGCGAGCUUUAAAAUGAUUGGCAAACCAUUUGGCAGAACUUUCUUCCGAAGAAAGAUAACCUUAUCGUAUUACUUAGAAAAUGUCAAAGUGGAAUAAAAGCGGAAAAAAGAAUAUACCCAUCCGUCAACCAAAAUCCUCCAGGAAGAGAACAAAAUCGAAUACAAAACCUGCUAAUAACGUGGACAAUACAGAAAUGAAUGAUGACUCGAAGGAGAGGUUAAAGUUAGAAACAAAAACUGGAUAAAACUCUUUAGUGGAUAAUAUAUUUAUACAGACAAGAAUUUUAUUAACUUUGUAUACUUAAAGAAAUAAAUGUGCUCUAGAAAGAAAUCAUGUGCUUUUGCCUAUUUUAUACUCGCGCUCUGUGUCCACGCUUAUAAUAGACCGGUAUUAUCCUUCAAUAUCCCUAUUAUGAUGUACAUUGUGCGCAUCUUAUCGCUACUGAUCGUUUAAUAAUCGUAGGUGUAUGCAAAUAGCGAACAUAACAACGCAUAGUAACGCGUGGAUGUGCUUACUUCGCUUGGUAUAUUUAUUAACAUUGCUCGUUGUGACGAAUAUAGAUUCAUCACUACCAUUUUGUAAACAUACGAAAGCUAAAUAGGCAAUAAUACGACCAAAGUUUGUAACAUUAAUCUCCCUGUUGACUUGUUCAAGGUUUAGUGAUCAUUGUAUUUAUAUGAAACGAUAAAGUUUGCUUAUCAAUAACAAUUUCAUUUCGUUUCAACUCAUCAACAAUUAUAUCUACGUUAUCAACACACGUGGGAGGGACGCUAAAAAUGCCUAGUCAGCAAAUUUUGCCCGGUCUUGUCCAAGCUUGCCCUCGUGACAUCAUUGCAUAUAUUAAUUAAGUGAACACACUCCACACUCCACCAUCACACUCCACCGGAAAUUAAUGUGGAGGUAUGUUAAAGUGGAGGUAUGUUAAUUAAUGUGGAGGUAUGUUAAUUAAUGUGGAGGUAUGUUAAUUAAUGUGGAGGUAUAUUAAUUAUGUGGAGGUAUGUUAAUUAAUGUGGAGGUGUGUUAAUUAAUGUGGAGGUAUGUUAAUUAAUGUGGAGAUAUGUUAAUUAAUGUGGAGGUAUGUUAAUUACCCUCCACACUCCUCCACCAUCCGGCCCCAAAACCGCCUACAUUACUACUGAUGUUUGAUACCUUCAAACUCCGAAAAGUUUUUACUUUUCAUUUAGCUAUAUUUGAAAUUGAGGCCACGGGUUAUUUUUGAAAAUACGGUUCAAAGUCAAGCUAUUUUUACAUAUUUAUGAAAUUCGUCAAAUUUCGCGAGCUAGUUUUGAACUUAGACCGCUGAAGUUACAUUAAGAAACAUAGGAUGGAAAAUUUGAGGUAUAUAAAAUUAAUUUCAACUUACAUUUCAUUCUCACAUUACGUUUUUCUUCGUUUAUUAUUUAAGCAAGCCAUAGCUCGACGUAUACGGUAUUUGCUCCCAUGUUCACGUCGCCAUAUUUACUUCUUCCAAUCACUCGAUUACAAAAAAAAUAUCAUCCCAAAACAAGGAAUUCAUGAUCGAUUUUUAAAAGAAUAACCUUAAAUUUGUAAAUUGUUUGAAUGGAAAGCAAAAAAUCGUCCGAUAAACAGUUUCUUGCUAAAUUUCUGCUUUGAUUUGAAUGUGCAAUGGAGCUUUGUUUCUGCCCGCAAUUUUUUGAUCAGCGACGAUAAAUUUCCCACCUGUUCACUGAUACAUGUUCUAAUUCUAAUUAGUGUAUUUUGCUUCAUACAAUACAUAUGUGUGUGGAAACAUGUAUUGUAUGAAGCAAAAUAUAAAAUUAAAUUACCUUGGAAACACUUAAAUUGCAAUCCCUAAAAUUUUAAAUUUUUUCUUAAAUCGCCUUAAAUCGCGCUAAAACGCCUAAACUCGCAUUGCUCAAAAGUUGCAGUUUUUUCUUAAAUCGCCUAAAAUCGCCUAAACUCGCAUUAUCUCGCGGCGAGUUUAGGCGAGUUACUGCAGACUGCUAAAGCUUAUAGUAUUCAGCUAAAGCGCACUUCACGUGACUUGUCAGGCUGUAGUAAUGGCAUGAUAUUUUUUAGGGUAUCACGGUGCUUUUAAAAAUCCAUUUAUCAUGCUGAAUGCUUAUGUCAACCAACCAGGACAGCUGCAAGCAUAA